AUGUCAUCGGGGCUACGAGUGCGACAAGCGGCAGCUGCGAAUGCGACAUUUAUCGUACGCAUUUGGCGCUGGAUCAAGCUCAAGAUUUGGAACGUGUGCUAUGGACAAAACGAGUGGCAACGACUAUGCAGUUCCAUGGGUGGAGACGAAUAUACACGCAUCGGUCGCUUCCGGACGGAACUGGCGCUAUCUUCUAGGAUGGUACAGACUUGCAACGUCGUGUUUGACUUGAAGCCAUUCCCGAUGGACGUGACAUUGCACAAUGUGGCAAUAAAGGCAGAGAUAGAUGAACAUGAUGCAACGCUAAUGGCCAACAUGCGCUCGUGUCUUUAUCGAUGCAAUUAUGUAAACAAAGUAUACGCGCGUGUGUAUACACUGAAGAAUGAAGCGUACAAUUCAUUGAAGCAAGAGCAUGAAGAGAUGCUCGAGCAAUUGUGGACGAAUUUAAAACCGAACGUGCGUCGUAAAGGUGGACGCAUUACAAAAGAGUGGGGAGAGAUUGGCUUUCAAGGAACUGAUCCGAUGUCGGAUUUCAGAAGCAUGGGCGUCUUCUCGCUUGUGCAACUCAACUACUUUACAAAGACUUACAAAGUUGAAGCUCAACGUGCCUUGAAGGAGUCGAAUCAUCCGACGCGCUGGUACCCGUUCGCUGUAACAGGAAUCAACGUGACAGCCUUCUUGAUCGAGCUGAUUGAUGAGCAUUUGCUUGAUAUGAAGUUGUAUCGUCUUGCUGAUAAUGGUGCAGCAAAUGAUCAAGAUGACGACUUGAACGCCGGUCUGAUACAGCUCCACGACUUUUACGCCACAAUUUUCACUCGCUUUAACCAGCUAUGGGUGGACACAAAUCCACGUGAUGUGAUGGCGUUCCCGUCCAUCUUUCAAUCUCUUAAGAAUGACAUUCGUCACGAGUUGCAGCUCCAGUCGUUCUACUACUGA